CGCUCGUCAUAUAUAUAUAUAUAUAUAUUUUUUUCCCUUUUAUUUCCUCUAAUAAUAAUAAAAACUUUUAACAUUAAUGGAAAAAGCACAGCAACUUCUUAAACAAAAAGCAGUGCUUGAAAACGAGCUUAUUUUGCUCGACCAACAGCUACACCAACAGGGCGCAACCCGCACAAGCAAAUUCACUGACAGUGAAGGAUUUCCUCGUUCCGACAUUGAUAUUCUAGCAAUAAUAGAGCUCCGACGCAACUUGAACUGCAAACAAAAUGAUCUUAAAGCAUUAGUAGGAGAAAUAGAACAAGCUAUUUACAAUGUCCACCAACAGCAGCAGCAGAAGGAGGAUGGGAAGGAGGCAGUAGGUAGUGAGAAAUUCACUAAACCAUUUGCGCGUGUAAACAUGGUUGCUCCGGGGUCACCUGCGUCAGAGGCUGGGUUGAUGGUGGGGGAUUCAAUUGUGGAAUAUGGCAAGGUGAAUGAGAGCAACCAUGAGAAGCUCAAGAUGCUGAUUAAAGAAACCACGGAGAAUAUCGGAUGCCCCGUCAAAGUAAAGGUUGAGCGCGUGUUGGAGGGCAAACCCAAAAUGGUGUCGGUGGAUUUGGUGCCCCGACGUGGAUGGGGUGGGGAUGGUCUACUUGGGUGUUUUAUUCUGCCAAUUUAGAAUCAAAAUUAAAAUUAAAAAACCAAACAAUAAAAGCUAU